AUGAUCAAAAAGUCAUUCAGUGAUACAUGUCGUGGCCUUGGCAUCGCCGGAUCAGACGUAUCGACUACGUUACAAGUUCGUGUACUCCACGACGGGAGUAUAAAACUAGCAAACAAUGUUCAAAAUCUUACGAAACAUGUGGAUCCUGCGCGACCAAUCCAAUUUAAGCUAGAAAAACAAGAUGCUGUAUUCGAGAUGAGUAUUUCUCCUGCGCCACAAGGGCUGAUUUAA